GUGAACUACCUGCAGCAGGUCGGCUCGGGUUACCUGCCGCUCUUUAGUCUCCUGCUGCUGUUUUCCUGCUGCAGAUGAGUUUUAUCUCUCAGCUGUUAUCAGCCCAAACUCACCUCAACCACCGGAAGUGAUUUCAGGUUUAUUUUUUCUGUUUAUCCACCAACUCGGAAGUGUUUUACUUUCCCCCCGUUUCCUGAAUAAGCUCAUCCAGCAGCCGCAGGUGCUGAUGACGUCCCCAGCGCUGAGGGACGUGGACAGGAAGUGAGGGACAUGGAGCUUUCUCUGGAUCAGUCGGCGUCUCCACCAGAGCUGAACGGGGACGGGACGCAGCAGGACGGAGACCUGCAGGGAUGUGGACAGCUGGAGAGGAGGUGGGUCCUCUGGCACGAGUUCAUGAAGGAACACGCCCACCUGGACAGCUGGCUGCGAUUGGCUGAGCAGGCUGUCAGUUCUCCUAACCCCGCCCACGUUAGCUAUGUCACUGCCAAGGAGGAACUGAGGAAGUUUGAGCGACUGCGGUGUGAGGCCGGGUCUCGUCUCGUCCAGUUGGACGGUCUGACUCAGAGGAACCGAACACUGACGCGGCUGUUUCAGGGCGCCAUGCAGGCUCGGCUGCUCGCUCUAGCGAGGGAGAGUGGGCAGCGAUGGGACGUCGUCAACACCAAACUGGAAUCAACCACUGGACGACUGAAGCUCUUCGUCUCAGAGUGGGAGGAGUUUGAGGCAGAGAGGGAGGAGCUAACUGUCUGGUUGGCUGACCUCGACGUCCGUCUGAGCAAGGUGGAUCACCUGACAGGAAACACCUGCGAAAAGCUGCGACGUCUGCAGUCCUUCCAGCAGUGUGUGUGUGUGAACUCGGGCCGUGUGAACGUGCUGCUGCAGCGCGGCGAGGCUUUGAUCCAGCGCAGUGAGCCGAGCGACGCUCAGCGCGUGGAGAGCCGUCUGCUGGAGCUGCUGCGGCACUGCAGCCUCGUCUACAACAACAUCGCACGUACACACACCCGGCUGCUGAGCAUGAGACUGGUGUUUGAGGAUGACUGGAUCCUGUCUCAGGCCACAGACUCUGGUUGUCCCUCAGAGACGGUAUUAGAAGAGGAGGGAGCGUUUGAUAAAACCAACCUGGACCUCUCUGUAUCACACCAUCCUAAAGAUUCCAGCCAAUCAACUGACCCCUCCCAGACCUCCUCCUCACCCGCUCGCCUCCCCCCCCCUCCCCCCUCCCCCUCCUCUCCUACCCAUGAGCACCUGGGGCUGGAGUGGGACCCCUCGGUGGAUAUCGGACGCUCUGUCUCCUGUGACGAUGCCGACUCAUCGUAUUUCAGUGCCAGCACAGGUCUGUGUCACAGAGAUGGUGUGAAGAGGUGGAGCUACCUUAGCUCCCUCGGCUCUCAGUCUGACAUCAGUCAUGACAUCAUCGACCAAGAAGCAGAUUUGCAAUUAGACGGAUGGCUUGACCACGCCCACCCUGGCCUCUUCUCCCCAGUGGCGAACCCAAGGGGCAGGACUCGUCUGAGCGGAGACCAGUGGGCGACCUCAACCCCUGACGUACAGGACGGAGAGCCGGUCAGCUUUGACGGCGGGCGUGUGAGGGCGUGGCUGGGAGUCCAGAGCCCCGCCCCUCCAGAGAGGAGGACUUCCUGCUCCAGAGCGGUGCAGACUGAUGGGCAGGUGGAGUUUUACCGUGAUGGAGGCUUCAGCGAGCAGCCUCUAUCUGGCCCCGCCCCCGCACCGUCACAUGACCUCAAAGCCUCGUCUGAUUGGAUGAAGCACCUGGUUUGGUCGAACCUUCAGGCUGAAGAAGAGCCGUCCUGUUGUGAGGAAGCCGAGCGACUUCUUUCUGAACAAAGCAGCAGGGCCCCUCCCUCCCCUCUAUCCCCGGCCCUGCUGGUCCUCCUCCUGGCUGCAGCUCUGCUCCUGCUGGUCUGUGUGAUGUGGGUCGUGCGGGAGCCGUCAUGUCACUGCGGCGGCCGGACGCCUCGGAGCUUCCACCUGUCGCUGAGGUACGUCAACGGCCCCCCGCCCACCUGAAGACCACCCAGAGACUCCUCUAACAUCUCAUCAUGUGACAGUCAUUUCAAUUAACCUGCAGCCCCAGACUCAAACACAGAUACCUGCCGGCAACGCAGCACAGUAAUACCGCCACACUCUUCAUUCCCAUCAUUAUCACUUCAUAUUAAACUCUGGCUGCUGUUUUGUUUUAGGAGUUGCAAUAACUAAUAUUCAACCUUUCAGACUUUUUCUUAAAACACAGAAAUAUUUUUGCCUGAAAGGUGAAACAACACGACUCAUUCUCUGCUGUUUACAUUUAAUUCCCCAAACCUUUCUCAAAAAUAAACAUCAGUAUCUAUAAUAAGAGGCAUCAGCAGGAAAAAAGUUUGAGUUGUAUCAAAACCAUUGAAAUAAUGUCAUCACAUCACAUUUUCUCUUUUAUCUCUGACUUUGGAAAAAUAAUUCAUUCUUGACCUUGACAGUAGUACCAUAUUACCAUUAUUGUUCAGUAACUGACUGUUUGAGGUGGAUUAUUUCAUUAUUAUGCAGCUUUUUUUAACCAACUAUUAGUUCCAAACUCCAGCAGGCCCGUCAGAUUGCAGGGAUUAGCCACAUUUAGCCACAAAUUGCAAAUACAUGAAAAUAUUAUAAUUGUUGAUAAUUGUGUCUGUCGGCAGCUGCAAGUUAAACUGUUGUUACACAUUUAAAAACGUGCCUGUAACUUAAGUUUAUGACGAAGCUUUCUCGCUCGCUUUGUGGCAGCAGAUACCAUCCAUUAUAUUCACUCUGAGGAAUAUUUUUAAACUCCUGACGGCUAAUAUGUGGCAUUAACAUUAUCUCUGGUGUCAGCCGGUUGGAAAUUAUAUUUCAGAGUUCAAGCCUUAAAGAAAAAAUCUAUGUAAUUGUAGCAGAAUGUAUGUAAACUAACGGGAAGUUGUAAUUUGUAAUGAUGUCUCUUUAUGUAUUAUUGGUCAAUGAAAUUCAUAACUGCAUUCAUAACUGCCUUAUUUACCAGAUAGAUGGUGUGUUAUUGUAGCAUCAGGCUGGUUUCAUGUCCACACUUUGUGCUGUGUCUGAUGUUUACGUCGUCAUAUUUUGGAAAAACCAAAGAAACACUGGUGCCUUUUUGUCAGAAGUAAAACCCUUUUUUUGUUUCCCAGCAUCGGUUCGGCUGAAAGUGUAAAAAUGUUGCAGGAAAAUUAAGGCUAAACGACUUUUGUGGAGUAAUGAUAGAAAUGAUUAUAGAUAAUAGAAACAUUUAGACUUUAAAAAGGCUUUUUAUUUCUUUUUUUUCCCCCAGAUAUGAAAUUAUAAUAAUGCAUCACUAACACUGCAGGGAGGUGAACUGUUCUAACAGUCGGAUAUUUAAAAGAUUGCCUGGAUUUAUCUUUAAACUCCUCUGAGCUAAUGUAGCUAAUGCUAACAUAAAGGAUGCAGCUAACCUGAAGCUUUUCUUUAAUAUCUGUAUUUAAUACUUUGUGUUCUGCCAUUUAUGUCAAAAUAAUGAAGUAUUUGUAAUCACUAACUGUCUUGUUGCACCACGAUGGCACUUCAUUAAGAUGUUUUGAAAAGUUGACUUUUUUUUUCUGUUUUUUAUCUUUCAGACCAUUAACAAUGUAAAUCAUCAUCAAAUAUUAUACAUAUAUCUUACUGCUGGCCUUUUAUGACAACAGAAAUCAUGUAUGAAUGUAUGGAAGCACAUUUCUGCAGAAAGAAAAGAUCAUUAUGACCAACUUUCUUGAAAUAACGUCACAGUAUCUCUAAUUAAUGAAUUGUUAUUUAAAAGUGAAGACUCCCUUAAUACCGUGGAAUAAUGCCUUGGUAUCUUCAAAUAUUGCCUUAGUAUCUUAAAAUCUGUAAUUUAAGACAAUAUUUUUAGUUUCUCAUAAUAACUUACUAGACUUAGUUUUUUUCCUUUUCGUUGUGUUUGCAGGCAGCCUUUGGUUUCACUUCGUUACUAUAAAGCAUAACGAUGCUAUUUAAAGAACAAUAAUUUCACUGUGACCAGAGUAAAAGCAUGAACAUGAUGGAUUAUCUGCAGCUGGUUUCAUGUCUCACAGACACACAAGUGUUUCUGUUUUUAGAAACUGGAUACAUAGUUUACAAAGUACAUUUGAUAAAUAUUAAAAUGGGCUAAAAGAUGAAAAACAAACAGCGUAUUGCCUGAACAGGAAGUGUGGAAUGAUUCCUCUGUGUCUUUUUGCUGUGGAGUUGUGACUGAUUGUACUUUGACUUCCUCCGUCCUCCAACAGUGUCAAUAAUGUUCAUCAGCCUGCAGAGCUGCUGCUGCUUCACAUGUUCAAAUGUUGGACUGUUGAUCAUGAAGAACCAGCUUGUUGAGCUGAUUCAGUUGUUUGUUGCAGCUGCUUGAUAAAAGCUGAAAGUCUGACUUUGUCAAGGGAAGAUGUCAGUUUACCAAACUUCUCCUGAAGUAUCACUGUCCUGCAGGUCUGUCCCUGCUCUAACUAACAGCUGAUCCAAGUGAUCCAGUUCAGAAUGAGUCGAUCUCAUGCAUCAGCUGUCAGACAAAUCUGAAAUAAAGUCAUUGAAGAGGGAACUUUAUACAUUAACUGCCAUCUACAACAUUUCACUUGAGUAGAUUAUUGUUAAAUGCUUAAAAAAAUUAUAUUGCAUCCAGUCAAAUGUCCUGCUUUUGUACACAUGUUUGAAGAUAAAUAAAAUAAACGUCAU